CACUUAAUAUGCGAUACAAAUGAAUCACAAGUCAAACACUUAGUUUUUGAUUAGAUGCACUCUUACACUCCCAUACGAUUCUGGCAGGAAAGCGCAGUAGUUUAUUCGAUACUUAAAUCGGUUAAGACACCAUUUGUUUUCUACAUAGCGGCAACAUCCACUUCGUUUCAUUCUCAAAAACUUACUGUUGCCAUCUCAUGUUUGGAAUCCACUCAAUCUGAAUACUCGAUCAAAGAACAACAUUAUCAACGCAUGCGCCAGACAAACAAGAAAUCAAUACUGGCAAUUCAAUUCUAAGGAAUUGUGCAUACGUAUUCUGCAUACUCCCCAUCAGCAAGAUCUUCAUACAGUUCUUUUGUCAUUCAAGGUGCUUUACUUCAUAGCUCCUUUUUUUGCAGCCUAG